AUGUACGUCACCACGGAAUAUGACGAUAUAAGGAUACCAGUUGCUAAUAAGCGUGGCCAAAUUAAUGAAAAACCUGAAACUAUUGCCAAAUAUAAUGAGUUUAUGUCAGGAGUUGACCGACAAGACCAACUGCUUGCAAUUUAUCCGUGCGAAAGAAAAACUCUUCGCUGGUAUCUCAAGUUAGCCAUCCACACCUUUCAACUACUAUUUAUAAACUCUUAUAAAAUGUACAACAAAUAUUCUGGAAAACCUAAAAUGACACUCUACGAUUAUCGCUUAGCUGUGAUAAAUGAGCUUUUACCUGAAAAAAAUACUGCAGUGUCUGUUCCAACCGGCCCAAGCAGAGCGAAAACGAGCAGAGAAGUGCCACACAAAAUCAGUAAAAUAACUGAGAGAAAUUCCAAAGGAAACAUCAAGCGCAAGAUGUGCCGCAUGUGCUCAAAAUCUCAAAAAAUACGGAGAGACUCUAUGUGGCAUUGCGAAACUUGCAUUGACAAACCUGGUCUGUGCUUUGAGUGUUUUGACGAAUUCCAUUUGUCCAUCUAG